UAUUAUUGGCACUGCCAGGUUUAAUGCCUUUUGAAUUUUAUCCUUCGUUUGUAAGGUCUUUGAAAUUCAUGUAUCUUAAAGAAAUACACAUCUGUGACAGGUGAGCGAAGUCGACUUAAACAUGGUGCUGUCCCUUCUGUGUUUGAUUUUAAGAGCACUGGUACCCAAACUUUCCAAGAGACAGAAAGAUCAAAACGGAUGAGGCUGCGAGCCAAUAUUCAACAGACUGCUCAAGACACUCAUUUUUCCACAGAGGUACAGAUGGAUGAAAUGGCUGUACAUGAAGUCGUCUUGGAAGCGGCAUCUUCUAGUGCCUCAUCUGAGCCAAAGCAUGAACGAGCAGAGUGUGCAACAGCUGAAAAGGAAGUUCAGUGUGACAUUCCUACACUGGGACCAGCAGCUUUUGAUUUGAAUUACAAAUGUGCUUUGUUAAGCCCACAAGACCAGUUUUUUUUAACUUUGAUUAAACUCCGACAAGCAAAAGAAGAUGUGGAGCUUGCUAUGCUUUUUAAGGUUUGUGAAUCAACUGUGUCAAAGAUUAUAACAACUUGGAUCAAUUUUUUGUACUUUCAAUUUAAGGAGCUAGAAGAACAAUUCUAG